GCGGGCGGCGAAAGAGGCGGCAGGAGCAGCAGCUUCAGAGACAGGCACCAUGCGUGAAAUCGUGCAUAUUCAGGCUGGGCAGUGCGGCAACCAGAUCGGCGCCAAGUUCUGGGAGGUCAUCAGCGAUGAGCAUGGCAUUGAUCCCACAGGCAGCUACCACGGGGACAGUGAACUGCAGCUGGAGAGGAUCAAUGUCUACUACAAUGAAGCUGCUGGUAACAAGUAUGUCCCACGUGCCAUCCUCGUGGACCUGGAACCCGGCACCAUGGACUCUGUGCGCUCCGGCCCCUUUGGACAGAUCUUCCGUCCUGACAACUUUGUCUUUGGUGAGUGAGUGUGGGAAUGGAGAAGUC